AUGCAAGUGUCAGUUAGGGGCCCAUCAGGGGCAAAUUAUCAGGCUUCCGGUCAGCAUGGAGGCUAUACUGCUUCAUCAGCUUCUAUUCAGCGGCCUACGCUGGACCGUGCUUGCUUCGAGUAUGGUGAGAUAGGGCAUAUUAAGAGGAAGCUAGUAGAGAAGGGUUGUUUAGCUUAUCUGACACAUAUCCGUGAUACCAGUGCAGAUACUCCAUCCCUUGAUUCGAUUCCAGUGGUACGCGAGUUUGCGGAUGUAUUUUUCGCGGACUUGCCUGGUAUGCCACCGAAUCGUGAUAUUGACUUCAGAAUUGACUUAGACCCAGUGACUCGUCCUAUCUCUAUCCCAUCUUAUAGGAUGUUACAGGGAGUUUCUGUGUUCUCUAAAAUCGAUUUGAGAUCAGGGUACCAUCGGUUAAAGAUUCGGGCGGAGGAUGUUCCUAAAAUCGCUUUUCGAACCAGUUUGCAGCAUGUGUUCACUCAAAAGGAUCUGAAGUCUAGACAGCGGAGAUGGAUAGAACUGUUGAAGGACUAUCACAUCACUAUUUUGUAUCACCCUGGUAAGGCUAAUGUAGUAGCUGACGCAUUGAGCAGGAAGUCGACUGGUAUGGGAAUUCUGGCUCGUUUGAUCUCUUCUGAGCGUCCGUUGGCUAGAGAGGUGCAGACUCUGGCUAACAGUUAUAUGGGACUGGAUAUUUCUAACACAGGAAAGGUGUUGGCUUGUGUUGAGGCUCGAUCUUCAUUAUUAGAGCAGAUUAAAGCUAAACAGUUUGAAGAUGCUAAGCUAUGUAAAAUACGUGAUAAGGUGUUGCGUAAUGACGCCAAAGAGGUCGUGAUUGAUGAGGAAGGCGUGUUGCGGAUCAAAGGACGAGUGUGUGUGCCAUGUGUGGGCGACUUGAUUAAGACCAUUCUGAAAGAGGCUCAUACUUUGAUGUAUAGGUCUCCUAUUGGAUGGUUUGAUGCAUUCGAGGUGAGACCAUGGGGUACUGACCUUCUGAGGGAGUUCCUAGAGAAGGUGAAGGUGAUUCAAAUCAAGAUUUUGGCAGCGCAGAAUAGGCAGAAGGAGUAUGCGGACCGCAAGGUUCGAGAUCUUGAGUUUGAGGAAGGAGAGCAAGUGCUAUUGAAGGUGGCUUACAAGUUGGCUUUACCUCCGGGAUUAUCAGGUGUUCAUCCGGUGUUCCAUGUGUCGAUGUUAAAGAGGUACCACGGUGAUGGUUCCUAUAUCAUCCGUUGGAAUUCGAUUUUUUUAGAUGAAAAUCUGUCGUAUGAGGAAGAGCCCGCUGCUAUCUUAUACAGGGAUGUUCGCAAGUUGAGGACUAAGGAAAUAGCUUCUGUGAAAGUUCAAUGGAAGAAUCGACCAGUGGAAGAAGCUACUUGGGAGACAGAGUCCGAUAUGAGUAACAAAUACCCUCACCUUUUCGUUGAAUCAG